AUGCCGGAAGAUAAAUACAAUCAACAAUCAUAUCUACAAGAUUUGUUUUGGAAAAGUGUUCAUAUGUUCUCUGAAAACAUCCUAAACCGUUGGCCUUUCAACAAAAUCAUAAGGCAAAGAGCUCUUCAAACAACAAUGAAACUCAUUCACUACCAUGAAGAAUCCACCCGAUACCUUACCACUGGAUGUGUGCCAAAGGUGCUUUGUAUGCUUGCAUGUUGGGUAGAAGAACCAGAGGGUGAUUAUUUCAAGAAGCAUCUUGCUCGACUCCACGAUUUUGUAUGGAUUGGUGAUGACGGUCUAAAAUUCCAGAUUUGUGGUAGUCAAAUAUGGGAUACAGGCUUCUCGCUCCAAGUCAUUUUAGCUGCAGAUGACGACGAUGAGAUUAUUCGAUCAACGCUGAUCAAAGGAUACGACUUUUUGAAGAAAUCUCAGGUAACAGAAAAUCCACCUGGUGACCAUCUCAAAACGUUUAGGCACAUUACAAAAGGUGGUUGGAAUUUUCCUGACAAAGAUCAAGGAUUGCCUGAUUCAGAUUGUACUGCUGAAAGUUUAGAGUGCUGCCUAAUGUUCGAAACAAUGCCGCAAGAGUUCAUAGGUGAGAAAAUGGAUGUAAAGAGGCUCUAUGAUGCUGUCAAUUUGAUUCUCCAUUUUCAGAACAAGAAUGGAGGUGUAACAGCGUGGGAACCAGCACCUGGGAAAACUUGGCUAGAGUGGUUUAGUCCAGUUGAGUUUAUGAAAGACGCAGUUGUGGAGCAUGAGUUUGUUGAAUGCACUGGGUCGGCACUAGUAGCAAUUGCUCGGUUCAUGAAACAGUUUCCUGAAUACAAGAGAAAACAAGUGAAAGACUUUAUAAAGCAUGGAGUGAAAUACUUGGAGAAUCUUCAAAUGUCUGAUGGUUCUUGGUAUGGAAGCUGGGGAGUGUGUUUCAUAUAUGGAACCUUCUUUGCGGUAAGAGGUCUAGUGGCUGCAGGUAAGACUUACAACGACUGUGAGGCUAUCCGUAGAGCGGUUCGGUUCCUUCUUGAGACACAAAACGAGGAAGGUGGUUGGGGAGAGAGUUAUCUCUCUUGUUCGAAAAGGAGAUACGUUCCACUUAGUGGAAGAAACAAGACAAAUCUUGUGAAUACAGGCCAAGCGCUUAUAAGUUUAAUUUUGGGUGGUCAGAUGGAGAGAGAUCCACGUCCGGUUAAUCGUGCUGCCAAAGUCUUGAUCAAUUCACAGUUGGAUAACGGAGAUUACCCACAAGAGGAAAUGAGUGGGGUGUUAAGUGUAAAUCUGAAGCUCCAUUAUCCUAUGUAUAGGAACAUUUUCACUCUUUGGGCACUCGCAUAUUACACGCAGGCUCUACGUCCCCUCCAGUGAGCAGUUUACUAUUCCUUCUAAAUAGUUUUUUCUUCUCUAUGUAAACAUUUUUUCU